CAAUAAUUAACAUACCAUCCUAUAGUCUCUGUGUUUUCCAAGAAAUAUCUUUAAAUAACUUUGUUGACUGUGAACUGCAACAUUCAAGAAAUUGAUCUACUUAGCAGAGUGACAAUGAAGAGUGUGAAUCUCUUGAUCGGUGUGUUGUACUUUUAUUUAAACAUUGCAAAUGGAAAUUCCCAAGGUCGAUCUCCAGGGUCUAUCGCCAACGAAAUGUGUAAAAGAUACACAGAAGAUGCCAAAAAGAACAAUAUUUGUCCUGCUUCGCUUUCUUCUUCUUCAACACCUCCAAGAACUUUGGCGCAAAAGGGUGAAUUUCCUCAUAUGGUAGAAAUCGGUUAUAGGCAUAAUAAUGGAUAUAAGUGGUUAGCUAGUGGUUUUAUAAUUAGUAAAAAUUUCGUUCUGACUAUAGCGUAUGUUCCUAAACCUGAAGAAUUAAGAGGCGCAGAUCCGGUAAUAAUUAGAGCCGGAGUAACAGAUCACAACGAUCUGACGCAUGAGCAAUUAAGGACCAUUGAAUCUGUAAUAGUUCAUCCUAAGUACAAUCCACCAAUCCUGAGAUACAACGAUAUUGCACUUAUUAAAGUUAAGGAAGAUUUUCACUUUAAUAAGUUUAUAAGUCCAGUAUGUUUAUACACGAGCGACAAACUCCCAGAUGGAAAUGUUAUUCACUCAGGCUGGGGUCCAACUGACAGAAGUGGAAAGCGACAAUCGCACAUGUUAAAAGUUUUCAAUCAUUUCGAUAGGGAUUUUGAAAAAUGUAACAGCACUUAUUAUCAUCUACUCGCUGGAGUACCACAGGGUUUACACAAAAAUGAGAUGAUCUGUGUUGGAAGAAAUAGCAUCGAUGAUUGUCAGGGUGAUUCUGGAAGCCCCUUGCAGGUUUAUCGUAAAGACAGCGGCAACAAAAAUUGCAUGUACGAGGUGGUAGGAAUCUCGGCGUUCGGAUUUGGCUGUGGUUGGACCCAAGACCCACAAGUUUUUACUAGUGUAUCCUAUUUCAUCAAAUGGAUUGAAGAUAAUGUGUGGCCUUAGACAUAGACUUCAAAAUUACCAAAAUUUGGAUAAAAUAUAAAUAAAGUUUUCAAAAAUUUUGCAAAAUAUAA